CCUCACCCCGUCGGUCCUUUUUCCGUUCAAAUCAAUCGCUUUGAGGAAAAAAGAAAAAAAAUAAAACACAAGGAAAGAGGGAGACGGAGAAAAAAAGAGAAAAGAAAAGUCGCGUCAUAUAACAGAGCGCAGCCGAGGCGAACGUUCCGGAAAACCAUUUCCACGGCUCUCUCUUUUCCUCUCCCCCCUGGAUUAUUCGAUCUCUUCUGCCUUUCUUAUAGGCGUUAUAUCGAAUCGUUUUCUCCUCUAAUUUUUCAAUUCCAAACCCUAAAAUAAUUUCAGAUUUAGGGUUUUACAGUAUUGAGAUUUCCCCCUUUUUCUUGUGAAAUUUCUUUUCCAUGAUUGUUUCCUGAUGUUGCAACCUGAUGGAUUUAACAAUUCGAAUGUUCUGGGGGAGGGCUAUCCCCAUACCUGCGACAAUCCGGAAGAUUUCACCAUUGACAUCGAAAGCUUCUAUGCAAUCCUCGAAGAGCAAUCCAAUCCGUCAGAUCAUUACUUCCCGAGUAGUCCAGAAGAUUUUUCACUCAAGAACUUAUUCCAAAGCCAAACUGAGCUCGCGCCUAUUGCGGUCAACCACGAGAAGGCUACCCAACCUGAAAAUGGUUUCCAAGAAUCAGUGGAGGCAUCUCCAGCAGAAGCCGGAGUAUCAGGAUCCCCUUCAUCGUCUUCAUCAUUCUACUUGGGGGCAUCUGAUUCUGGGGUGGGGAUGGGCUUUGAGUGCAUGCACGGGUCACCCGGAAAUUUCAGCAGCUUGAAUGAAACAUAUUCAGCCUUACCACUUCAAGAGAAGCUGGGCAUGCCAAUGCAGAUUGACUCCAAAACUUCUCUUGGUAGCGGCACUCUAGAUCCUACAUUCCAGUUCUUUACACAGUCAUAUUCAGAACAUGAUCCUUUCCCUAGGGAUUCGGCUGGAAGUUCCAUGAAUGCUCCAAUAUCUAAUAGCACUGAUAACCAACUUUUGCGAAAUGAGACAACAAAUUGGGGCACCCUAUCACUAAAAACUGUCGGAGAGUCUAACCACAUUUCAGAUUGUGUCAGCUCUGCAAAUUUCAUGAACUUGGAUAUCAAAAAGGGAAAUGGGUUGGGGCAUAUAGGAGGAGAUGAAUAUUUGUUCCAAAUGGAGGUCAAAGAUUCUCCAAGCGACAUUAAUAUUGCUACAGUGUCUCCUAAUUCUACACUGCAUAAAAAAAUAAUAGGUUCUUCAAAUCCUUUGCUGGAUAGAUCUGGUAGGAGAGAUGGUAUUCCAUGUGCAGGUCGCACGGCAGACUUCAGAGUUCAAUGGGGAAAUGCAUGUGCAUCUGUGCCCAACUCAUGUCAUGCUGAUGUAGAUGGUGGUCAGGUCGCAGAUAUCAUUCGUGAAGCUAGUGGCCAUUGUACGCCGUCAUCCUUCUGCAGUGAUUCUGCUGCCAUUGCUGUCGAUGCACCUUUCGGAGACAUUACAUUCGGGCAGUUUUUGCCUUGCCCUUACUUCAACCCACUUGUCUCUAAUCACGGACAAAUGAUAACUUGCAUGAAGGAUGAAAAACAGGAUGAACUGUAUGAGUCUCAAAGUAUGUGCUCAAGUAGUAAAACAAAAUUAGGAGCACAGGAAGGAACUCUCAGAAUCUCUCUUGCAGAUGUACCUAUUACAGAUGUGAAUUUGUCUUUGCAAGAAAGACAUUAUGCUGACUUGAAUGGUCAGGACAAUGCCAAUUUCAAAUGUGAAACUAGUGCAUGUUGUUCGCCAGUAUCCGUUAGUAGACACUCUUCUUCUGAUUCUGAUGAUUGGCCUGUUGUGAACCGUAUGCCGAUUCAAUUCUUGCCUGAGUUUUCACCAUUUAUGUCACGUGAGAUAAAAGAAGUUGACAUGAAGAAUGAAGGAGAGGGUCAAUUGUGUGUAUCUCACAGUAUAUCUAAUCGUCUUGUGAAAGACAUUGAUGAAACUGCUCAAAAAAAUUGCUCAGAAGAAAGCUCACAUGAUGACGAUGACGCUGAUAUAUGCAUUCUUGAAGAAAUUAGCGACCCUAGAUAUCCACCUGUAACAGUAGUGCAUGAAAAACCUCCUUGUACUUCACAACGUUCUACGUUUAGCGACCCACUUCACCUGGCAAUAGGAGGGACAAGGUAUAAAGCAAAUGACGAGAGACUCACUUUUCGAGUUGCAUUGCAGGAUCUUUCUCAGACGAAGUCCGAAUCCACUCCACCAGAUGGUCUUUUAGCUGUUCCUCUCCUGAAACACCAGCGAAUAGCCUUGUCAUGGAUGGUCCAAAAGGAGACAAACAGUUUUCACUGCUCUGGAGGAAUUCUUGCAGAUGAUCAGGGACUGGGUAAGACCAUAUCGACAAUUGCACUUAUACUUUCGGAAAGGUCUCCUUCCAAAUUGAGUUCGAAGGCAGUGAGACAAGGUGAAUUUGAAGCUUUAAAUUUGGAUGAUGACGAUGACGGGGUUCUUGAGCUUGAUGGGAUGAAGCAUGUUGGGGAUGCUGAUCAUGUUAUGAUGAACAGAAGUCAAAUAAAGAGGGAGAACACUUAUAUGGCAGGAAAGGGGAGGCCGGCAGCUGGAACACUGGUUGUUUGCCCUACUAGUGUCCUUCGGCAAUGGGCUGAAGAGCUGCACAAUAAGGUUACCAGCAAAGCUAAUCUUUCUGUUCUAGUAUAUCAUGGAGGCAAUCGAACAAAGGAUCCUAAUGAGCUGGCCAAGCAUGAUGUUGUUCUCACAACAUAUUCCAUUGUAAGCAUGGAGGUUCCAAAGCAGCCACUUGUUGAUCAAGAUGACGAGGAGAAAGGGAAGACAGAAGAUCAUGGUGUGCCUAUGGGUCCAUCCACUGGUAGAAAAAGAAAAUAUCCCCCAAGUUCUAAUAAGAAAAAUCUGAAGGAUAAGAAGGGAAUGGAUGGAGCUUUGCUUGAAUCUGUUGGUCGCCCUCUUGCAAGAGUUGGAUGGUUUAGGGUGAUACUUGAUGAAGCUCAAAGCAUUAAGAACCACAGAACUCAAGUUGCUAGGGCAUGUUGGGGUCUUCGAGCUAAAAGAAGGUGGUGUUUGUCUGGGACACCUAUUCAGAAUGCUAUUGAUGAUCUUUAUAGCUACUUCAGAUUCCUCAGAUAUGAUCCAUAUGCUGUCUAUAAGUCGUUUUGUUCCAACAUAAAGGUGCCAAUUAAUAAGAACCCAACUAAUGGGUACAAAAAGCUACAAGCUGUACUGAAGACGAUAAUGCUACGUCGUACGAAAGGUUCACUUCUUGAUGGGGAGCCGAUCAUCAACUUACCACCAAAGACAGUAUCACUGAAAAAGGUGGAUUUCUCAUUAGAUGAGCGUGAAUUUUACUCCAGGUUAGAGGCUGACUCACGUGCCCAAUUCAAGGUGUAUGCAGAUGCUGGGACUGUCAAACAAAAUUAUGUUAACAUUCUAUUGAUGCUUUUGCGGCUUCGACAGGCCUGUGAUCACCCUCUUCUGGUUAAGGGAUAUGAUUCUAAUUCUGUGUGGAGAUCCUCUGUAGAGACAGCAAAGAAACUUCCUAGGGAAGAACAGACACGUCUUCUUAAUCGUUUGGAAGCUUGUUUUGCAAUUUGUAGCAUCUGCAAUGAUCCACCUGAGGAUGCUGUUGUUACCAUAUGUGGUCAUGUUUUCUGCAAUCAGUGUAUCUGCGAGCAUCUUACAGGAGAUGAAAGCCUGUGUCCUGCAGCUCACUGCAAAGAUCACCUCAGUGUAACAUCAGUAUUUUCGAAAGCUACACUGAAAAGCUCCCUCUCUGACUGGCCUGUUUAUGAUUGCUCUCCUGAUGGUUCUGGUUCUAACCUUGUCAAGACGCCUGAACUGUCUGCACAGAGUCUGCCUGAUUCUUCAAAAAUCAAAGCAGCUCUUGAGAUUCUGCAAUCAUUGUCAAAACCACGGGAUUGUACCUUGCCUAACAAUUCCAGGAAAACCAGUGUUGAUUUUUCAAUAUGUCAAGAAAAUACCCCUGAUUAUCUUUCAGAGGGACCAUCUAAGGAUAUGUGCGAUCAAAGCCAUUUGGAUAUGGGAGGAUGUCCAAGUGCACCAGUGGCAGAGAAAGCGAUUGUCUUCUCCCAAUGGACUAGAAUGCUUGAUUUGCUUGAAGUUCCUCUAAAGAAUUCCUCUAUACACUAUAGGAGGCUCGAUGGGACAAUGUCUGUUGUUGCUAGAGACAGAGCUGUGAAAGAUUUUAACACCCUUCCCGAGGUUUCUGUUAUGAUCAUGUCGUUGAAGGCUGCAAGCCUUGGGCUUAACAUGGUUGCAGCCUGUCAUGUUGUUCUUCUUGACCUGUGGUGGAAUCCUACGACUGAAGAUCAGGCUAUUGAUAGAGCACAUCGAAUUGGACAAACUCGACCUGUUACUGUUUCACGGUUAACAGUGAAAGAUACAGUUGAAGAUCGCAUAUUGGCCCUUCAGGAAAAGAAGAGGGAGAUGGUUGCAUCUGCAUUUGGGGAGGAUGAAACGGGUGGUCGCCAGACGCGGCUUACAGUGGAGGACCUGGAGUAUCUGUUUAUGGCAUGAUUGUUUUUUUUUUUUUUUUAUAAAUUUUAAAAUCAUGAUUGUGUGUUGGCUGAUAGACACAUGGGCUUUAACCAAGGGCAUUCCUUUCCAGCCACAAAUUUCAAUGCCACACAUCUUGUCGGGGCACCGCAUAAGGGCAUCAUGAGAGGGUUUAGUGUGCAUCGGCAGCGACAUUCUAGGCUAGUUUCUUGCUGACUUCAAAAAAAAAAAAAGAGCAGAGGAAGAAACUUUCACUAACAAACAAGUAGCUUUAAGUAUAUUGGGGAGGGAAUCUUAUGAGGUAUCUCAUCAGACAGCUGCAUCUGUGAAUAAUAUCUGUAGAAUCUGCACAGUUAGUUUUAUAGGGCAUUGCCUUUUUUUUUUCUUUCUUUCUAAUUGCAAUUGUAUUCUGUGAAGAGGAUUUGGAAAUCUAUAGCCAACAUAGAAGAAAAGAUGAGGAAGUUCAUUGGAAAUUUGAAUUGUAAGACAUGGCUUGUUAUUUUUUGAUAUAGGAAAAGUUGGGCGUAUUUUUUGAA